AUGCAGCUCUUCGUCCGAUCGGAUGCCGGACGCACGUUGACCGUCACUGCCCCCAACGCGCAGACCACAGUGCAGGAGCUGCUGUCGCUCGUCGAGGCCAAGGGCGCGGGCCACUGCUGCUGUGGGUACCUCAACUACGGCGGUGUCCCGCUGCAGUCGUCGCGGUCGCUCGCGGACUACGGCAUCCACAAGGCCGCGACGCUCGAGUUUUCGCGACGACUGCACGGCGGCUGCUUUGGCUUUUCGAUCCUCUUGUGGACGCUCAUCUUCAUCUGCUGCUUGAUCAGCGUCUGCACGUGCGGCUUGUCACUGCCCGUGGCGCUGUGUCUCCUACCGCUUGCUCUGCUCCUGCCGCUCUGCUGUCUCUAA